AUGUCAUCACAAAAACUGGCUCUCUGCGACAUCACGGAACUGAAUUCUGAAGAACUAACCAAGUUCGUGCCGGCUAACAUCUUGAAACCCGGUGAAAAGAACGGAAAGUCUUGGAAACUCGUGAAAGCUGCUAAACGGAUUCCCAAGCAUUUCACACUCAUCUUCAGUCAGUAUACUUGUGAAAUCGUGCUUCAUUUCACCAAUUCUAAUAUUCCUCAUUCCUGGAAACUGAUGGAGUCAAAUUUGGCGAAUAGUUUGCCAGUGAUGAAACCAUUCAACAUUCAUUUACAAAACACCUCCGAGAUGAUUUGUGGAACCAAGGAUAAGAAAAACAUCGUUCUUGCCACGGUCAAUUUCUUUGUUUUGCUCAACAAAAUGUUUUUCCUCCCGGUUCAAACUAUUUUGAUUGAGUCCGGAGUAUUCGAACUGGAUGAUCAGUUUUUUCAAACUACAAAGCACAUGCUAUUAAUCCACCAAUGCAAUAUUCUUCGUGUUUAUGGACCGCUAAGAACCGAUAGAGUUGAGGGAAACAAGAAAUGCGAACUUCUUCUCAAUAACAUCAUCGUUACCGGCGAAAUAUCCGUGGGUCGAUUUAUUCAAGAAGGAGCACUGCCAUUGCUUACGCUCAAACAGCUCGACAUUCUCAACACUUGGCAGGGAGUAAUGUUACCUGAAGAUGUUCUAAAAAAUGCAGGAAGGAACGGUGAGCUAACAAUUGAAAGCUUCUCAUUCACCGACGUGCGUCAAUUAAUUCGUUUGUGGCUUCAAUCUCCUUCAACUGAUUUCAACACUCUGUUUAUACGGGCAGAAACGCAGAGAAUCGAAAAUAUCGGAGUUAUUUUUGAAGACUUCCUUCACAAACGGGAAAAAUCACAAUGUUGCCACGUCUCAAAAAAUGACGAGCAAAGAAACUGUCGAAAUAGGAUGAUAAGAUUUCUCACCAAGACGGGAAUUGACUUUCAACGUGCGGAUCAAACAGUUGUAACGGUGUUCUACUCGUCCAACUUUCCAUGCACAUUUGCAAUGAUCGUCAGAAAUCCAGAAGUAUCACCUGAAAAACGUUACGCGGAGCUAAAAAAUCUGAGCAGAGAAAGCGAAUCUAAAUGUAGAACGCUUCGCAAUCAAAUGGAAAGAAUUUCAGUUUUCCUUGCUUCACGUGUGUUCAAAGACAAGAAACUUCUCGCAGAUCCGAAGAGUGUUUGUAACUUACUUGAGCAGAAACGUCUCGGCCAAUUCGAAAGAGAAAAAACUCGCAUGAUGUACACUCGAGAAAUGAGAAAGAAUGAUCUGAGAAGGAUUGAAAUAGAGAUGUACGAAGCAAGAAAUACCCGCCAAAGCUUCAAUCUCAGCUUGAAACAUGGAAAAGAAAGCAAUAUUGUGGUCAGGCAAGUAGAGCAAUUGAGAGCAGAUGGAAUGGGAAUGACAUUGUGGAUUGGAUUGAACAAAUCUGAUGUGGAGAUCAAAUGCAGCAACCAAGAUAGAGAUUUCUGUUGGCGGUUCAUGAAACAAAACAAUCCAGACGCAGAUCGCAAAGAUGUGUUCACUAACAAGGAUAUCAAUUUUCGGAUUGUACACUCUUCCAAAAACGGAAUCAGCCUCAAGACCCGAAAAGGUUUCUCAGUAUUCUCUAUGCUUACACACGCUUGUGAACUUCAAUCCUUGUUCCGUGUUCGUAUCGAUACAAUUGUCAUCGAUGAGGACAUUUUCGAUUCUGCACAAAAAUCCCAGUUUAUGAUUGACACACUGGCUGGUUCUGAAUGUCAAAGCUGUGUCAUCCGUCUCGGGUCUAAUGACUCGACGUCAUUCAAAUCUGAGAAAAUUAUAGAGCUCUUGAACAAAAUAAAAGUUCACGAGACGCUCAACAUCCAAGUUUGCCUAACUGAAUGGGCAACCAGCACUCUGCAAAAGAUGGCCGAGAUCCCUAUAAUCACCACAAGAAUGAACUUCUCGUACAACGAGAUCUUGAAAUGCGCUGGCAAGAAUAGUACAUUCAAUUUGAACAAGUGUGGUCCGAUCUUCAUUAAUCAAUUGAUGAGAUAUAUUACUGGAGGCCUGGUAUCAAACAUCGGGAUCCUCAAACUCCAAAUGGAAGAGUUCGAGUACAAGAAAACUGACGUUUUGUUUGAAAAAAUGCAUCAUCGUCAAGACGGAAAACCAAAUGGACCAUUCGAAAGGAUGACUAUAAUAGAACAACUUCCAAUCCUCAUUGAAACUGGUAUCAACAUUUGUCGUAACGACGGUGCUGUAAUAACCGUUUUCUUUGUGCCAAAGUCUCACGAUAAUGCAAUGAAGGCUGCAUUUGUCAUCCAUAUCGAAUACCCAUGGAAUGAGCCUUUAAUCGAGAGAUUGCCUGCCAUUAUUGCUGACUUCGAGGAAGAUCUUGAGGAAUAUGAGGAGAUUUCGGCAGAACAUGACGAAAUCCUCACCAUGGAAAAUAUUUUGAGCCGAUGGCAAAUCGAACCAGCCGAAGGAGAGGAAAAAGAAUAUCGGGCGGAGCUCAUGACUCCGGACAAUGAAAUCAAGAUCAAGCGAGUUUGUGAAGCAGACAACAUUUUGGAAGCAAAAGCAGAACUUCGGAUGUUCGCUAUGGAGAGAAAAUUGGAGGAAGCCCACUUUAUCGAACUCGUUGCUCGUACUGCUGAAGAUCGUAAAAGGUUCGGAGUGCUCACCUAUGGUGUUGGGCUCUGA